GUUCGAAUGAUUCAGCGCACCGACAUUUAACCCGAACAACAGAACCGGCCUUACUAUAUCAGCAUUUGCAUAGAAUUAUUUCAAUAUCCUAUAAGAAGACAUUUCAUGCGUCUAUAAAGAGAUGGUCAUUAAUUUUGCGUAAUCCGGGCCAGUUAGAAAUACCAUAGGGAUCGAAACGAUGCCACACUGUCCAGGCUCGGAAGAAAAGUGAAGAUAUUGAACAUGAAGUGGUACUUGGAAACUAUCCAACACAUUAUGGACGAAAGACCCAAAGUCUUCGUCUGGGAUGACAAGGGAGUGACGCCCGACGAGAUUCGAAGCGCCGAACCGGAUAUCGUGUUCGCGGGCUACCAGUUCCUUGUGAGCCGCGACCAGGAGCUCACUUUCGCCACCACGACAGACACCAUCCUCACAAUGGGAGGCAAGGUUGAAGCCAGAGCCUUAAGAAUGUCUAAAGGACUUCCGCUGGAGUACCAGAAACCUUGGCGUACCACCUACGCCCCAUGCAUCUAUUCCGAACAAUAA